AUGAGCGCAACGGCGUACCUCAAGCGACUUGUUCGCAAGCUGGAAGUCAAGCAAGUUGAGUCAGACGGAGAGUUGUCGUAUUCCGAAGGGUUUUUGAAGGUGAUUACAAUACCCCCAGUUGUGAAUGCAUCUGACGCUCCUUCUCGAUCACAGAAUGAGGAUCUCUAUCCUGUCCCGCCCGAGCGACGAACUUGGGCCAUGUUGAACUAUGUUUCAUUCUGGGUCACUGACGGUUUCAAUAUGAAUACAUGGGAGAUUGCUGCUUCCAUGAUCGACUCCGGUCUAUCUUGGUGGCAGGCCUGGCUUUGCGUUUGGUUGGGAUUCGGCGUGGCUGCACCAUUUGUUGUGCUCAACGCUCGUCCGGGGGCGAUCUUCCAUAUCACCUUCCCCGUGGUUUCUCGCGCUAGCUUCGGUAUCUGGGGGAGCCUCUGGUGCGUCUUCAACCGAGCGGCGAUGGCGUGCAUUUGGUAUGGCGUACAGGCAAGCCUGGGUGGAUCGUGCGUGCUCGUCAUGUUGCGAGCGAUUUGGCCGAGCAUCGAAAACAUCCCGAAUUCGAUGCCGGCCUCGUCUGGCACGAACACGCGGGACUUCAUGUGUUUCUUCCUCUUCUGGCUCAUCUCCCUGCCGGCGAUCUGGCUGCCCCUCCACAAAGUCCGGCAUCUCUUCACCGUCAAGGCCAUCAUCGUCCCGAUUGCUGCCGUUACCUUCUUCAUAUGGUGUAUCGUCAAGGCGCAUGGCGUCGGCCCGAUCGUGCGGCAGCCGGGAACACUGCACGGCUCGACUCUGGCGUGGACGAUGAUCUCGAGCAUGAUGUCGUGCAUUAGUAAUAUGUCGACGCUCAUAACGAAUGCCCCGGAUUUUGCGUCGAGGGCACGAAGGCCGCGGGAUGCUUUGUGGCCCCAGCUCAUAUCCAUUCCCAUCGGCUUUGGUAUUGUCUGUUUCCUCGGCCUCAUCGUCAGCUCGUCGUCUCAGACGAUAUACGGUGAAGCCAUCUGGUCGCCAGUGACUUUACUUGGAAUGUUCCUCGAUAAUGAUCCGUCACAUGCAACUCGGUUUGCGGUAUGGUUCAUCUCCGCUGCGUUCAUUAUCGCACAGGUUCGGGUUGUCAUCGUCACAAACAUCGCCGCGAACUCGAUUAGCGCUGGCUGUGAUUUGACCGCCCUGUUUCCGCGCUUCAUCAAUAUCCGUCGCGGAGGCUACAUCGCUGCGAUAGUCGGAUUGUGCAUGCUCCCAUGGAACCUUCUGAAGAGUAGCAGCAACUUCACCACGUAUCUUUCCGCGUACUCCGUGUUCCUGAGCUCAAUCGCAGGAGUGAUGGUCACAGAUUACUACCUUAUACAUAAGGGGCACUACCGUAUCAACGACCUCUACCGCACCGAUAAAGGUGGCUGGUACAGUUACACGUAUGGGAUCAACCUACGAGCAUACGCUGCGUAUGUCUCGGGCAUAGUCAUCAAUGUCGUAGGUUUUGCUGGCGCCACUGGCCGACCAGUGCCGAAGGCCGCCAUCCAUAUCUAUGACCUAUCGUUCUUCACCGGUUUCGCUGUAUCGGCGACUAUCUAUUGGGUACUCAAUCGAAUCUUCCCCGCGGCCGGUGCGGCGAAGACAUUCCAGGAAGUCGACCAUUCGGGUAUGAUAGCCCGCAUCGAGGGCAUACACGAGCCCGAGGAGCCGGAGAAGACGCAAAGUGCGGAUGAAACGGAGAGCGAUUCGAAGGAUGGCAUCUCGGAGAUCGUUCUAGCAGUCUGA